AUGGACAAGUGGAAGGAAAGAGAGGAGACACAGGAGAGCGUGGAGAAGGAGGAGGAGGAGGAGAAAGGGGAGAAGGAGAAGGAAGAGGAGGAGGAGAAAGGGGAGAAGGAGAAGGAAGAGGAGGAAGCCACGUCCGGGCUGGGGAAGGAGGCAGCAACAGCGCUGGCAUCUCUAGGCACCUUCCAUGUGGUGAUUGGUAAGAAGUGUAUGACGGCUGUCAACCUCAAAUCCGAAACCCGUGUCCUCCGUACAAUGCCGCCCGGCAUCCUGCCACGUGUUCCUCCCUUGAAGGCAGCUGCCGACAUCCUUCGUCAGCAUCCGCACGCGUCGAUAGAGGUCCUGCCGCUCGACCUCUCCCGGCCGGCAUCCGUUGUCCGUUUCUGCCACCUCGUGCGCUCGAGACUAGGGCUGGAUGCGGUUAUGACUGGUGCUGAGGAGGGGAUUGAAAAGGUGGGAGAAAAGGAGAGGAGUAUCUUUGGACUUCUCGAAAGCAAUUCCAUUUUGGAGGAGGCACAGCAGGGAUCAAGGCGAGGAGGGGAAGAGGAAGAGAAUGAGGGGAGGGCGAAAGAGGGUAGCCAGGGGGGUGGAGAGGAGCGGGGACUAGAGGAAGAGGCAGUAGAUGAGGAAGAGGAGGAGGAGGAGGAGGAGGGGGAGGGGGAGGAAGAGGGGUUUCUGUGGGGCGAGCAGCAGCAGCAAUGGCAGCAGCAGCAGCAGCAGCAGCAGCAGCAGCAGCAGCAGCAGCAGCAGCAGCAGCAGCAGCAGCAGCAGCAGCAGCAGCAGCAGCAGCAGCAGCAGCAGCAGCAGCAGCAGCAGCAGCAGCAGCAGCAGCAGCAGCAGCAGCAGCAAUGGCAGACGCGUAUGGCUCAAUUUCCCUCCCCCAUGCCUCCCUUAUGCCUCCUUGUCAACAAUGCCGGCAUCCUUUCUCCUACCGCCUCCCACCGCUCUGCACCUGCCUCUGUACCAGUUGACCAGUACGAUCCCAGCUCCCCUUCCUCCUUGCUGAGUGGUGACUGCAGCACCUUAACCACCAACCAUGCCCCCCCUGCUCUGCUCACGCUCCACCUGCUAGCUGCCAAUUUCAGCAUGCUACCAACCAACUACCUCGGCCCUGGUCUAUUCGCGCUCCCCCUGCUGCCCCUCUCGUAUGCCAGCCCGUCGUUCGAAUCGCCCCUCGUUUCCCUUGCUCAUCGCAUGCUUGCCACCAACUACCUCGGGACUGUCCUGCUCACGCUCCGCCUGCGCCCCUCACAUACAGCCACCUCUCUGCCCCUCUCGUCUCCCCCACUUAUUGGUCAUCGCAGCAUGCUAGCAACCAACUAUCUCGGGCCUGUGCUACUCACACUCCGCCUGCUGCCGCUCAUGGGAAGACGAGCGCCCUCCUUACAAGCACAUGCACAUGGAGGGAACAACACAGGCGCAUGUGGGGAGGCGGAGGAGAGACUGAAAUGCCGCGUAGUCAAUGUGACUUCCUUCACGCAUAGAUCAGUGCGCCAGCUGUACGUGUCUGACGUGGCAUCUCUAGCAGCAGGCGCUGCUGCUCCUGCCAGCGCACCUGCGCCUCGGUUCUACCCUGCAGCCAGCAUAUACCAGGCCUCCAAACUGUGCCUGCUCCUCUUCUCACUGCACCUUCAGCGUCUCCUCCAAUCAGAGCCCUCCACGUGUCACAUCUCUGUGGUCCCCAUAGACCCUGGCAUGGUGCGAACUGCAGUACUAAGGGAGCUGCCUUCCUUCCUGGCAGCCACAGUCAACAACAUCUUCUCCCUCCUCGGCCUCUGUCUGCUCCCUCGUGCCCUCGUCCCUCUCUUCCUCCGCGCCUCCACUGCUUCCCAGGAGCAAGUAGCAGGGAAGUACCUGUUUGGAACCCACGCAAUCCCACUCUCGCCCUCUCCACUUGCUCGUGAUACAUCUCUCUCCAACAUUCUCUGGCGAACCACUCAAGACCUUCUCAACCAAUGGGUGUCUAGAUGA